AUGGCGACCAGGACAUUGGAAGCUCGCUUUGAGCACCUGUCCGUCAAGGAGGAUAAGGAUAGCAGCGGCGAGCGCACUGAGCGCACUUAUGGAAAGGCAAAGGGAUCUAUCUCGACAGCUGCCGCCUUGUCCGGCCUCGGCUCCUCGCAGAGCAAUUCCAACCGAGCACAGCUGCUGAAGCUGGCGCUCCAAAAUACCAAUGACAACAAGGCCAACAUGCAUGUCACACAGUCCCCAGGCAAAGGCUCGGGGGCUGUUGUGACUCGCAACACCGACGAAAACGGGGACCAGCGCAAGUCAACUUCUCUGUACGAUCAACCCUCAGUGCCACGAGAACUCCACCUUGGAAUGUUCGAAAUCGGAAAGCCUCUUGGUAAAGGAAAGUUUGGCCGUGUGUACCUCGCCAAGGAGCGAUCCUCGGGCUUCGUGUGCGCUCUGAAGGUGCUUCACAAGUCAGAACUUCAACAGGGCGGUGUCCAGAAGCAAGUACGACGUGAAAUCGAGAUUCAGAGUAAUCUUCGCCACCCCAACGUCCUGAGGUUAUACGGUCACUUCCACGACAGCAAGCGAAUCUUCUUGAUCUUGGAGUUCGCCGGUCGGGGUGAGCUUUAUAAGCACCUUCGGAAAGAGCACCGAUUCCCUGAAUGGAAGGCGUCGAUGUACAUCGCUCAAAUGGCAGCAGCUUUGAAAUAUCUCCACAAGAAGCAUGUCAUGCAUCGUGAUAUUAAGCCGGAGAACAUUCUGGUUGGAAUCCACGGAGAGAUCAAGAUCAGUGACUUUGGUUGGAGUGUGCAUGCGCCCAACAACCGACGACAGACAAUGUGCGGUACUCUUGACUACCUGCCCCCAGAGAUGCUGAAGCCCGGCUCUGGAGACAACACUUACAGCGAGAAGGUCGAUCUUUGGAGUCUGGGUGUUUUGACUUACGAGUUCCUGGUUGGCGAGGCACCUUUCGAGGAUACACCUGUUAUGACUCAAAGACGAAUUACCAGGGCUGAUAUGUCCAUUCCUUCCUUUGUCAGUCCGGAGGCAAAGGAUCUUAUCAAGAGGCUGCUGGUUCUUGACCCUGAGAAGCGUAUUCCUCUCGACGAGAUCCAACGUCAUCCUUGGAUUGUCAAGCACUGCGUCAAAGAUGGAAAGCGGAGCUCUGGAUCCAAGGAGGGCAAGGCUUGA